GUCCUCGCCACCUCUCUUUUGGCGGCCAGCGUUCGUGCUGAGACGCACACCAUCAGUUUCGACAAUCAAUGUGGGUAUGGAACGCCUUACCUCAUCGUGGGAGGACAGACCGUGUCGACUGGUGAACCCUACACCUCCGACGGUCCCAUUUCGUCUAGCAUCGCCUAUCUCCAAACUGGCGAUUGCGAGUACAACGGCGAGAACUGCAUGAUCAUUGAGAUGACCCUCGUCAACCCCACCGCACCUGGUACGGGCUCGUCGUCGGACAUCAGUCUCAUUGACCCGCACACGUAUAACGUCCAAGGCUCCUUCAGCUACUACAACGGAUGCCCCAACACUGGCGCCAACUGCGCUAGCGCUGACUGCUCGACUGCCUUCUUCUACUCCGACGACACUACAGUUCAGGUCGCUUGCGAAGACAACGACGUAUGUUUAUGCCGAGCUUGCUGU